UCUUAUUUUGGGAUUUCCAUUGCGUCCUUCGUUUCGAGCUCUCGUCGAUCGGAAGCGUCGGCGUCUUUGGUUUCUCUGCGCAUGGAGGAGAGGGAAGGAGCGACGGCUACUACGGGGGCGGCGGCGGCGGUGAGUCCGACGCCGGUGGAGAACGGAGAGAGCCACAAGCAGGUGGCGGGAGAGAGGGGAGAGGAUAAACCCAGCCAGGGAGGUCAGGUGGCGGCAUCGGCGUCGGCGUCGGCGUUGGUGUUGUCGUUGGCAUCGGCACCGGCACCGGCGGCCGUGGUGGUGGAUGGGCCGGCAGCUGCCGCGGAGGGGGUGGCGCUUGGGAUGAAGAAGAAGAGGGGGAGGCCGAGGAAGUACGGGCCGGACGGGAAGCUGGUGCGGCCACUGAAUCCGUCGCCGAUCUCUGCGUCGAUGCCGUUAGGGGAGUACACUCCGGCGACGGCCGUCGGGGCGGUGAUGAAGCGGGGUAGAGGGCGGCUGAUGGGCUUUGGUCUCGGCAAGCCACUACAGUACGGAUUCCAGCUGGAAUCUGUAGGUGAAUUGAUAGCUUGUUCUGCUGGGGCAAAUUUUACACCUCAUGUCCUUACUGUUGCUGCUGGUGAGGAUGUAACCAUGAAGAUAAUGUCGUUUUCACAAAUGGGGCCUCGAGCUAUAUGUAUUCUAUCUGCCAAUGGUGUUAUAUCCAGUGUUACCCUUCGCCAAUCUGAUUCAUUUGGCGGUACUCUGACCUAUGAGGGCCAUUUCCAAUUGCUUUCCCUAUCGGGUUCAUUCAUGCCGACUGAAAAUGGAGGUACAAAAAGUAGAUCUGGCGGGAUGAGUGUUUCCUUGGCAAGUCCAGAUGGUCGAGUAGUAGGUGGAGGGAUUGCGGGUCUGCUGGUAGCUGCCAGUCCGGUUCAGGUCGUGGUAGGAAGUUUCUUGCCAAGCUACCACUUGGAGCAGAAAAUCAAGAAGGCAAAAUUAGAGACUUCAUCAAUCUCUACACCCACAGCUACGAUUCCGAUUUCUAGCACGGCGACGGAGGGUGCUCACUGUGGCAGGCCUACUCACUGCAGUUCGAUUACCCCAGAAUCGAACCUCACCAAUGCCACCUCCUUUAAGGGAGAUAACUGGGCUGCUCCAUUGCAAUCCGUACCUGACACUAGGGAUCCUACAACCAAUGUUGGUAUAACUUCACCUGGAAACUGAAUGUGUUAUUGUUUGCUCAUCGGUGAGGUUACACUGACCAAUAAUUAGGCAUUCUCAUCUUCUCAUUUACCUUCACAUGUACCUUAGCUUCCCAUCUCUCCCAAGUCAAGCAAAUUAACAUGUAUUUGGUUUGUUAUCAAUUGCUGAACCCAACUUGUUUCUCUUGACUUUUGUGAUCUAGCAAAGAUAAAAAAUCUGAAUCUUUAAGAUCUUUAAGUAA